UCCCUGUGCUGCCUUACGUUUCUUCUGACCUCAACUCCUGGGCCCUCUCCUUGUGUUUUUCUUCCCCUGUGCAGUUGACUUCUUUUUACUUGUUCUGAAUUCGUCCUUUGUGCCUACUCCCCUGUAGCUUUGUGGCCCACAUUGUUCUUUGGUCUUUGCAUAUUCUGCCUCUUUCACCCUUUCUGUCCAUUGUCACUUGUGUUCACAGAACUGCAAAUGGUGGUUUUGUUUAGGAUGUAGAGGAAUGGUUGGUGAUGAGGGUGGAAAGGUGGUUUAAUUCUCAAAGAACCUGGCAGAUGGGCACAUGAGAAGUGGUUAUGUAGGUCACCAUGCAGGUUUCUGUGUGGCUAAGAGGUCAUUAGGACUGUGACAGUAUUAAUCUGCUGAUAGUGUGUGGCAGGGGUUAAAAUGCAGAGAAGGUGGCAGGGAGUCACUAUAACUGGGGAGGUGAGGUCUUUCUGAUGUUCAGACCAUAACAAAAGAGCUUGGAUGGAUUGUCUUUUCCUCCUGCCUUCCCCAGAACCAUGUUUUAAUGUGAAAUGGCUGCUCUGCUUGAAGUGGAGUGCAGGACCUGGGGCCCCCUUUUUGACCCCUCUCCAUUACUCAGAGGUAGCCCUUGGGGAACUUCAGAGAACUUCAAGAGCCCUUUGAAAUAACAGUUUCAGAUCACUGACUCCAACCGUUUUAGAUUCCUACCAGCUUUUGAGAUUCUGUGUUUUUCUACUGCUUCUCAGUGUGCAUCUGUCACUUUGCUUCUCCCCACUUGUCCAAACAAUAAGUAAUACAGAUAAGACUACUGUCAUACCGGCUUGCCUUCAAGGACUUGGGGGAAUCUUAAACUGAGGCAAAAGGAUUCCAGCCACAUGUUUCCUCUCCUGGUGUGUGAGUCACUAGAGGGAUUCCCCAGUAAGGCAGGAUUCUUGCAAGCUGGGCUGGAACACGAAAGGGGUGGAGUCUGAGCAAGCCAGGCCAAGGUUUCAGUUGAUGGGCUUACAAGUACCUUGACUAUAUCGCCCACAGGUGAUGGAGGACGAGGAGAAGGCAGUGGAGAGCUUGGUGAGCAACGCGGAGGCUGCUCAUUCUCCAUCCCCCAUCCGCUGCUGCCGGCUCCGCCUCCGCUAUUUGGCAGCUACUAGCAUUAUUUGUGGCUGCUCUUGCCUGGGCAUCAUGGCUCUUGUGUGUGCCAUCAAGGCAGAAGAGCGGCAUAAGGCAGGCCGGUCCGAGGAGGCAGUGCACUGGGGGGCCCGGGCCCGGAGGCUCAUCCUGGCCAGCUUUGCCGUCUGGCUUGCUGUCCUUGUUCUGGGCCCCCUGCUGCUGUGGCUGCUGUCCUAUGCCAUCGCUCAGGCUGAAUGACCUUGGGUAGCCUCUGCUGAGAGUCAGCUGAGACCUCUUGGAUUGCACAGUUCAGCACUGCUGGAGUCCAGUGCUGGCAGUGGCCCUUCCCUGGCUGGAAGAACGGUGCCUCUCUCAAGGACCUUUGAGAAGAUCUCUUGUUGCCCUCUAUAGGAGGGCAGCUGCUGAGACUGAUGAGGGGCAUCUGCUUGCUCAUGUUCUUUCAGUGCCUCCCAUCCCCUUUUCCCCCCACCCCACGCUGAGGGACCUCCACUCAAGAGGUGGGGCUGGAGACCAGGCCUGAUUUUAAAAAUAGAAUUUGUUCUGUAAUAAAAACCUUUUUUAGUGGUGAAA